UCAGUUGGACAUAGACUCAUGUGGCUGCAGGGGUGGGGCUGAGUUCCCGUGGGAUGUCCAGGCUAAGUGGUAGUGAAGCCUUGGGGAACCAGUCCUGCCACUGGAGGACCUAGUCUGGCCUCCCUGCCCAGUUCUAGCCUUCAUGGAACCCGUGGGCAGAUGCAGCUGCUGCCAACCGUCUCCCUGAUGAGGCACCUGGAGCAGAGGACCACUCCUGCUCUGCUCUCUGACCUGGCCCGGCAGCGGACUUUGGAGGAUGAGGAGGAACAGGAGCGUGAACGCAGGCGGAGGCACCGCAACCUGAGUUCAACCACAGAUGAUGAAUCUCCCAAACUCACCCAGAAUGGAGCUAGGAGAUCCGUGGAGAGGCUGCCCAGUGUGGAGGAAGCAGAGGUCCCCAAGCCAUCACCUCCAACCUCCAAAGAUGAGGAAGAGGACUUCCAGGCCAUCCUUAGAACUCGGAAGGAACGGAGACAGAGGCGUCAGGUGGUAGAGGCUGUCCAGGCUCCAGUGCAGGAGAGGCUAGAGGCAGAGGGGGAAAGGGACAGCCCAGGCCCUGAGCAGACCGUGACACAGCCCCUUGUGCUUAAGAAGAAAGUGGAGCCCCUACCUCGCCGGAGACUGAGUCAGGAGCAGCGAGGUCCUUGGGCCCAGGAAGAAGAGAACAUAAAGGGCAGAGAGCUUGGGGGAGGGGGAAAGGGGCUUCCAGAGGAAGCAGUGGUCCAGCAGAAGACCUUGGUCUCUGAGAAAUCGCCUGUGCCAGAGAAGACUCCAGUGCCUGCCAAGAGACUGACUUCGGAGAAAGCCUGUCCCUCAGAGAAGGGGGCAGCUGCAGAGAAAGCAUCCUUGACUGACAAGAAACGCAGCCCAGAGAAGCUGGUUCCAGAAAGAACCAGUUUGUCAGAGAAGUCACCCAUCCUCGAGAAGACACUUGUGUCUUUGAAGACAGCAGCACCAGAGAAAAGGUCCACUCCAGUUCUAGAAAAAGCCGUUGUAUUUGAGAAGAUGCAAGAGAGGCGGCUGGUGUCAGAGAAAGCGUCCAUCUUCCAGAAGUCACUAGUCUCAGUGACAAAGCUGACUCCAAAGAAAGCAACAGUCUCAGAGCAGCCCCAGGCCCCUGGGGGAAGCCAGGUCACCACAAGGGAGCCCCGAGAGAGGGCUGUCCCUGGGAAGAGCCCACCAUCCUCUUCAGAACAGGGUACUUCAGAUGCUCCGACUAAGGUGUCUGGCUUCCCACCUAUCACACUCCAGGUAAAAAUUCCCAGCAAGGAUGAAGAGGCAGACACAUCCUCACCUACGCUGCUCACCUACAGCAGUUCCCUCAAACGCUCCAGCCCUAGGACCAUCUCCUUUCGGAUGAGCCCCAGGAAAGACAACUCGGAAACAACCUUAACCCGCAGUGCCAGUGUGAGACUGCCAGCUAGCACGGUGAAGCUAGGGGAGAAACUGGAGCGAUACCACACAGCCAUCCAGAGAUCCGAAUCCGUCAGGUCUCCAGGCUCCUCCCGCACUGAGGUCCUUGUGGCUCCCGCCGGGGGGAGCAAGCGCCACCUCUUUGAGAAGGAGCUGGCAGGCCAGAACCGCACAGAACCAACCAUCCGAAAGGAAAAUCUGCGACUGUCAGGGGUUGUGACAUCAAGACUCAAUCUAUGGAUCAGCAAGACCCAGGAUUUUGGAGACCAGGGCCCUCAGGAGGUACAGAAAGAGACAUCAGUCACCAGGAGGGCUCAAUGGGGAAACAAGUCGACCAUGUCCCUGGAUGCAGAGGUGUGACAAGCCCUGCCAGGACAGAGCUGCAGACCUGUACCCCAAAGGCCCUUCUUCAUGCCAGCCCCUGCCCUGCAGCACCCCUGACUCUUGCUUCCCAUUCCCUUUCUGCCUCUCAGCCAGUCUGGUCAGGGCCCCUGGGGGCCAGGAACAUGAAUGACACUCCUGCAGCUCUUCCCCAGCCCUGCCUGGGGGACACAUGUGCUUUGGCGCUGUCCUGCUGUGGUUACGAUUAUCCUGAGCCCAGAACACAGCCUGGCACAUCAGCCAUACAGUCUCUGUGUUCUGUGUAGAGAGAGACUGUGCGUUCCUCUGCUCACUGCCAGCAUCAGGCUGGGUUAUUUUGCCAACUCCAGAGAUAUCUGUCUUGUCUGCUCCCAGUAGGUACUCUGUGUGCCUGAGGUGUCCCCAGAUGAAGUCCUAGACCUAGCCACUACUCCCUGAGGCUUUUUAAAGCCAGACUGGAAAGGAGUCUCAAGGCGUUGCCCAUGUGCUGCAUAUCCCUGCUUUGCCAUCGCCCACCCCCUUCUUGCCCCCGCCCCCAGCCCCAAUCCAGAGCUCAGUGCCUUUUUGUAUUACCACUAAUCCUACUCUCAGAAAAGUCUUUUCUCAGGAAGGAUGUGAUAAAUUCGUUCAUUCUCAGGUGUAA